CUUAUCUCUUUCUUAUUCUCCAUUCUUCUUCCUUCUUCAUUCUCUAUCAAGCUAGAUCUUAUACUAGGACUCAAGCUUUUACCAGCCUUCAAUAUCGAUAUCUGUUCUUUACAAACGCUUAAGAAAAUAUCUUGAAUUACAAGAGAUGAGAUCAAGAGAAUGCGAAGAAGAGGAGAUUCAAGCAAAGCAAGAAGGAGAUAAUAGUCAAAACCAUCAGGUAAACUUAAACCACAUGUUGCAACAACAACAGCCGAGUACAGUAUCAUCUUCAAGGCAAUGGACUUCAGCUUUUAGGAAUCCAAGAAUCGUUAGAGUCUCGAGAACAUUCGGUGGCAAAGACAGACACAGCAAAGUCUGUACAGUCCGUGGUCUUCGAGACCGGAGGAUAAGGUUGUCCGUACCUACAGCAAUUCAACUCUAUGACCUUCAAGAUCGAUUAGGGCUGAGUCAGCCAAGCAAAGUCAUCGAUUGGUUACUCGAAGCAGCAAAAGAUGACGUCGACAAGCUCCCUCCUCUACAAUUCCCACAUGGUUUUAACCAAAUGUAUCCAAAUCUCAUCUUUGGAAACUCCGGGUUCGGAGAGUCGCCAUCUUCAACAACAUUUCCAGGAACCAAUCUUGGGUUCUUGGAAAACUGGGAUCUUGGUGGUUCUUCAAGAACAAGAUCAAGAAUAACCGAUACUGCUACGACCCAGAGGGAAAGUUUCGAUCUUGAUAAAGGAAAAUGGAUCAAACACGACGAGAAUAGUAAUCAAGAUCAUCAAGGGUUCGACACCACCCAUCAACAUUUCCCUCUGAGCAAUCCUUACAAUAACACUUCAUCUUAUUACAACCUCGGACAUCUUCAACAAUCGUUAGACCAAUCCGGUAAUAACGUUACCGUCGCUAUAUCUAAUGUUGCUGCUAAUAACAACAAUAAUCUCAACUUGCCCCCUCCUUCCUCGUCUGCCGGAGACGGAUCUCAGCUUUUUUUCGGUCCUACUCCUCCAGCUAUGAGCUCUCUAUUUCCGACAUACCCUUCGUUUCUUGGAGCUUCUCAUCAACAUCAUCAUCAUCAAGUCGUAGAUGGAGCUGGUCAUCUUCAGCUCUUUAGCUCGAAUUCAAAUACGGCGACGCAGCAACAGAUGAUGACGGGUAAUACGAGUUUGAUUAGACCAUUUCAUCAUUUGAUGAGCUCGAAUCAUGAUACGGAUCGUCAUAGUAGCGAUAAUGAUUCAGAUUCGUGAAAGAUUAACUAAAUCCUACACUAUACAUAAACAUGUAUACGUAUUCUUCUAUAUUUUUAUAUAUAUGCGUAUUGUUAGGUUGGUUUUAUAAUAUAUAUCUUCCUCGUGUAUGUAUGGAAAUUUUAAUAAUCUCGGAUUUGGAUUGGAGCAAAGACAUUCAUACAA